GGGGGGGGGGUGGCUGUGCAGAUGAAUGAAAUGCAUUAGAUGGACACAGAUCUUGGGGAGUCCACAAAAACCCAGAGAAACGGGCAAAACAAGAGAGUAGCCACGCGAAUACACCUUGUUUACUUGUCCAUCCCCGCCACAGGAUCCUUUUUAAACGUCUCUUUCAUCUCAAAACACUUUGAACUUCUACGCUCCAUCUUUUCCUUCACCGGGCUCUUUUUUCCGUGCUCCUGUUAGCUUCUUGACCUUACGACCCCUUCUACAGAAGCCCUCCGCUAGUGGUCGCCGCGAAAACCGCUGAGUGGACACAAGGCCACCCUGAUGCCUCUCCUUCUACCUCCCUCUCCCCUCCCCUCCUCCCCUCCACAGUGGAUGAUGUGUGUUCUCCAGCUGUCUUCGAACCUGCCCCUGUCGGCCCGCCCUGACCUCCCAGCCAACCAGCGCCACCGGCAGCAGCAGCAGCAGCAGCAGCAGACGUCUCACUUCUGAACACUUAAACCACCACCUACCCUGACCCCCCCUUCACCUUCGCCCUGUCCCUCUGGCCGUCGGCCCCUCCGUCCGUCCGUCCGUCCGUUCGUCCGUCCGUCCGUCCGUCCGUCCGUCCCAGUGCUGCGAUGCGGCGGUUUGUGUACUGUAAGGUGGUGCUCACCACCUCUCUGGUGUGGGUGCUGGUGGACGUCUUCCUGCUGCUCUACUUCAGCGAGUGCAACAAAUGUGACGACAGGAAGGACCGCUCGCUCCUGCCUGCGCUCAGAGCGGUGAUCUCCCGGAGCCACGAGGGGCCGGGGGAGAUGGGCAAGGCGGUCAACAUCCCAAAGGACUCCCAGGACAAGAUGAAGGAGAUGUUUAAGAUCAACCAGUUCAACCUGAUGGCCAGCGACAUGAUCGCGCUGAACCGCAGCCUGCCAGAUGUUAGGCUCGACGGGUGUAAGAGCAAGGUGUUCGCCGACGACCUGCCGACCACCAGCAUCGUGAUCGUGUUCCACAACGAGGCGUGGAGCACGCUGCUGCGGACGGUGCACAGCGUCAUCACGCGCUCGCCCCGCCACCUGCUGCUGGAGAUCCUGCUGGUGGACGACGCCAGCGAGAGAGACUUCCUGAAGAAGAAGCUGGAGAACUACGUGCGCACGCUGGAGGUGCCGGUGCGCGUGCUGCGCAUGGAGCAGCGCUCGGGGCUGAUCCGGGCGCGGCUCCGGGGCGCCGCCGCCACCAAGGGCCAGGUCAUCACCUUCCUGGAUGCCCACUGCGAGUGCACCGCGGGCUGGCUGGAGCCGCUGCUGGCCCGCAUCAAGGAGGACAGGAAGGCGGUGGUGUGUCCGAUCAUUGACGUGAUCAGCGAUGAGACCUUUGAGUACAUGGCCGGCUCCGACAUGACCUACGGAGGCUUCAACUGGAAGCUCAACUUCCGCUGGUACCCCGUACCUCAGAGGGAAAUGGACCGCCGCAAGGGGGACCGAACACUUCCUGUCAGGACCCCCACCAUGGCAGGAGGUCUGUUCUCUAUAGACAAGUCCUACUUUGAGGAGAUAGGAACGUAUGAUCCAGGGAUGGACAUCUGGGGUGGGGAGAACCUGGAGAUGUCCUUCAGGAUCUGGCAAUGCGGGGGUUCCCUGGAGAUCGUCACAUGUUCCCACGUGGGUCAUGUGUUCCGCAAGGCCACGCCCUACAGCUUCCCCGGGGGAACGGGUCAGGUGAUCAACAAGAACAACCGCCGGCUGGCCGAGGUCUGGAUGGACGACUUCAAAGAUUUCUUCUACAUCAUAUCGCCAGGCGUGGUGCGUGUGGACUACGGUGACGUCUCGUCCCGCAAGGCCCUCCGCCAGGCCCUGCAGUGCAAGCCCUUCUCCUGGUACCUGGAGAACAUCUACCCCGACUCACAGAUCCCCCGGAGAUACUACUCCCUCGGAGAGAUCAGGAACGUGGAGACCAAUCAGUGUGUGGACAACAUGGGGAGGAAGGAGAACGAGAAGGUGGGCUUCUUCAACUGCCACGGCAUGGGGGGCAACCAGGUGUUCUCGUACACGGCCGACAAGGAGAUCCGCACGGACGACCUCUGCCUGGAUGUGUCCCGUCUCAACGGCCCCGUCGUGAUGCUGAAGUGCCAUCACAUGAAGGGCAACCAGAUGUUUGAGUACGACACCGAGUACGUUGGCAAGUGGGAAUAUGAUUUCGAGCGGCUGACGCUGCUCCACGUGAACAGUAACCAGUGUCUGGACAUGCCAACGGAGGACGACAAGAUGGUGCCUACUCUGAGGGACUGCAGCUCCAGCCGCUCACAGCAGUGGCUUCUCCGCAACAUGACCCUGAGCGUCUGAGGACCCCCCCUCUCGCUCUGACUCUCUCUCUCCCUGUAGCUCACUCUCUCUCUCUCUCUCUCUGGGUCUCUGUACACUCUCUCUCUUUCUGUCUCUGUGCUGUCUCUCUGGUCAGUCACCCUCUCUCUCUCUCUCUCUCUCUCUCUCUCUCUCUCUCUCUCUCUCUCUCUAUGUCUCUGUCCCUCUCUCUCUGUAUCUCUUUCUCUGUAUCUCUCUCUCUCUCUCUCUGUCUCUCUCUCUCUGUAUCUCUUUCUUUCUCUCUCUCUCUCUGUCUCUCUCUCUCUCUCUCUCUCUCUCUCUCUCUCUCUGUAUCUCUCUGUAUCUCUCCAUCCCAAUCUCUUUCCCUGUUAAUGUGUGUUAUUUUGUGUGUGUAUGUAUGUGACACACACACACGCACACUGUCCCUCUCCUUCCCCCUCUCUCUAUCUCUGUGUGUCCUUCAAGCCGUAUGUGCGAUGUGAAGGUGAACCCGUUCAGAUGAUCAGAGAGCCUAGUGUUUGGUGAGUAGAGUUCUGUGUGUGACGAAACCACGACACAGGGGUGCACUUCUGCUGCUAAACGUGUCUGAACCGCGGCACACUCCGAGACACGUUGAACAUUUCAUUUGAGAUAACUUAACUCUGUUCAUCUCAGAUGAGUAUUACGAGUCUGGGUGUGUAACACGCGGUGCGAUCUGUACAGUUCCAUUUAGUACUGCGACGGAGAAGUAUUGGGGAGUUUUAUGAAAUAAUGUUGCUCCUCCCUCUUCCAACAUCUGUACGAUAGAAGACGUUGACUAAUAAGGGAGUUGUUUUAAAGUGUAGGGACAAAAAACGCAAGGGAAACCAUCUCUGUCAUCCAUAGAACAUGCAAUGCAGCUGGAAAAAAAAUGGCUGCUAUAAACAUCUGGCUUGUUUAAAAAAAAAGAAGAAGAAGAAAAAAACGACAGCAUGGGCAAUCACCUGACACGUCACAUGGUCACCUGGGGAGGUUUGGGACAGAUGUGAACCACAGCAUUCACUCGGAACCGGUCUUCUCCCGUCCCGAUCGUACGAUAGCAUACAUAUGCCUUAAAAUACCAGAUGAACUUGGGUAGCAGUGUGUCCAAUAGGAAGGUAGCGAGCACUCUGACGCGGUCAGGGAGUCUGUAGAACUGAAUGUAAAACAGGGGCGACAUGAGCACGAUUCUCACUGCACUGUGGCGCUUUCUCAUGAGGUCUUAGCGCUGCUCUCUCCACAGGGGUCCGCGUUCCCCUUCAUCCCUUCGUCUCUAUUCAUGUCUUUUCUAAUGUUUUAAUAUGUUGCCUGAUUUUUGACCGUGUUACGGUCAGAAAUGAUUUGCUAUAAAUGAUGACGCUGAUGAUGAUGAUGAUGAUGAUGAUGAUGAUGAUGAUCUAGAGGCCAACCGAGUAGUUGCGUGUUACUUUAGCAUGUUGUUCAACUGAAUUGUUAUGAUGUAAGAAGGGAGAAUGUGAAUUAUGUUUUCAUAUCGGCUCACUUCUAUUUGAGUAAAUGAUAAACAGUAGUUUAGACCACCAGUGAUCAUCAUUGAACUCCUCAAGCCUUGCAUUGCCCAUAUCUAACUCGACCACGUUCAGCUACGUCGAAACCAGUAAAUGCCCAACAAACUGCUUCUGCGUACAAGACGCUGCCCGGGGUCAGGCAGCAAACGGUAUUGUAAAUACAACUUUUACAUGUCUUUAUCAACAUUGUUGUACAUACAGAAACAGUUAUUUUUCUAAGCUGCUGUAAAACUUGAACAUUCAUUUUUUUGGAGGAACAAAAAAAAUCUGGUAGACAACACAGGAACAGACUGUUUGUUGUUUAAGUCGGAAAUAUUCCUCUUCUUCUUCUACUUCUUCUUCUUCUUCUUCUCCUCUUGGGUUUAUCCGUUUACAAAGUGUACAACCAUCUUGUGUUCUAUGUAACAAGUGCUCAGACUACCUAGAAGAUCAUAGGCACCAGCCCAGGAGCCAGCCAAUCAAACGCCACCAAUGCUGCUCGGAUUCUAAAUCCUGGCCAAUCCUGGUCUGGUUCGGCUUUCCGGCUGAAAUCCAAUCAUAUCUUGUGUAUUGCGUGCACAUAUUUAUUGUUUUCAUUCUCUUUAAGUGCAUGGUACUACAAUAGGAAUGUACUAGUUUGUUGUUGCGAUGUUCUGGUCUUAAAAUGUUGUUACUUGUUUGUACCUUUUUGUACAAAAAAUCAAGAAAAAUAAAUGCUCUGAACCGAA